AUGAAGUCAUCCCGCUAUACCUUCCGCCAUCUUCAUCUUCUUCGCCAGAACUCUCCAUCGAGCCCUUUACGAGUCAUCGCACAUAUCGAUCUCGAUGMCUUCUACGCUCAGUGUGAAAUGGUUCGCCUGGGAACCCCGCGCGACACACCUCUAGCUGUUCAACAGUGGGACUCGCUCAUUGCUAUCAACUACGCCGCGCGACCUUUUGGGGUAACCCGCAUGCUAUCGGCCAUCGAAGCGAAGAAGAGAUGUCCAGAAUUAGUGCUGCAACAUGUCGCGACCUUUCGAGAAGGCGAAGGAGGCAAAUGGGCAUAUCGUGAUGACGCUUCGUAUAACAUCAAGACCGACAAGGUGUCUCUGGAUCCUUAUCGCGCACAAUCGCGCAGGAUCUUGAGUACGAUCAAGGAAGAGGUCUCGCGGCAAAGAGAUGAGAUCAUUAGUUCCAAGGAUGUACCGCUGGAAUUUCAGGCGGCGAGAAUUGAGAAGGCGUCCGUCGAUGAGGUCUUUAUUGAUCUAUCAUCGCUAGUAUAUGCCGUGCUCUACCAACGAUAUCCUGAACUGAGAAGAACGCCGACAGCAUCUGACAAAACUACAUCGCUGCCCACUCCACCGACAACAGCACUGGAAUGGUUUCCAGAAGACGGAUUGGUCGAUCUAGAUGAAGAGGAAACAGAAGAAGAUGAUCCUGACUGGGACGAUGUUGCCAUGUUGAUUGGCGCUGAGAUCACACGUUCCAUCCGCGCAGCCGUCUGGGAUAAACUCAGUUACACAUGCUCUGCUGGGAUCGCUCGCAACAAAAUGAUGUCCAAACUAGGAAGCGCACAAAACAAGCCCAACAAACAAACCAUCAUUCGCAAUCGCGCCAUUCAGAAGUUUCUUGCAGGGUUCCAGUUUACCAAGAUUCGAUGGCUAGGAGGAAAGCUAGGGGAACGAAUAAGUGCCGAGUUUGGAACAGAGCAGGUCAAGGAACUGCUGAACGUAUCUCUUGACCAGUUCAAAGCUAAAUUGGAUGACGACACUGCCGUUUGGGUGUACAAUAUCAUCCGCGGGACAGAUGACAGUGAGGUCAACCCGAGGACACAAAUCAAAUCUAUGCUCUCAGCCAAAUCCUUCCGGCCUAGUAUCAACUCGACGGAUCAGGCACGGAAAUGGCUGCGGAUUUUCGCAGCAGAUCUGUAUAACCGAUUAGUGGAAGAUGGUUUAUUGGAAAACAAACGGCGGCCAACGACGCUUAGUCUACAUCAUCGAAUGGGUGCACAGGUACAUUCAAAGUCUACGCCGAUUCCUGGUGGGAAGAUGGUUACGGAGGAUAUUCUCUAUGAACUUUCGAGUAACUUGUUAAAUCAAGUUAUUGCAGAGGCACGGGCAUGGCCAUGCGCAAAUUUGUCAGUUAAUGUGACUGGGUUUGAGGAGGGUCCCGUCAACAAUAGAGCUAUUGAUAGCUUUUUUACUUCGGGGCAGAGUAGGCCAUCAGCUGAACCAUCAUUUCCGAAGAAGGUAGCCGAACCGGCAGAUGAUGCAGAAAGAGCGGCCAAGGUGAGAAAAGUAGCAGUCAAGGGAAUUGGGUCUUUUUUCAAAAGGGACUCGCCGUCGUUAGUCAGUUCUGAAAACGACAAGGAUAGUGAUGAUCGCUCUCCGCCAUUAUUUUCGACUCCAGACAUUGUGCUUAUGAAGAAUCCAGAGGAUGAUACGAACACCGUACAAGAAAUAGAUAAGGAUAUCUCCGCUCAGCAUGGCACAUUCACAUGCCCUCGAUGCAAUGAACAAGUACCAGAAGACCAACGUGAAGAACACGACGACUGGCAUUUCGCUAAAGACCUCGAAGCUCAAGAGGUACGCGCAGAUCAGACAUCGCGAAAUAUCGCCGAGCAAUCAUCGAGACGCACAGCGUCAGAUCGCAAGAAGACGGGACCAGGUCGACCGCGGGUAUCUGGGACGAAGACGGAGAAGGCAGAGAAGGGGCAGAAACGACUCUUCUUUGGAUAG